UACGUGGGCAAAAGUGAGAACAAGAGUUGGACAUAUGAGAAGGCAACAUCUAUAAUUUCAGAGUCAAUUGAAAUGAGCCAGUCAAUGGGUUUAGAUGAACUGCAAAGGCUUGUGGAAGAACAGGCAGAGAUGUACCCUCUUGGUCCUUGCAUUGCAAUUGCCUAUUUAUCGAUUCUAAAGGACUGUGAGAUUCAUUGCUUUCAUGAAGGAUUGGAAGUCAAACGACUUGGUGGUCUCCAUGUCAUUGGGACAUCUUUGCAUGAGUCCCGAAGAAUUGAUAAUCAGCUUCGUGGCAGAGCAGGAAGGCAAAGAGAUCCUGGAUCAACACGCUUCAUGGUUAGGUAAGUUCUGUUAAAUGAUUUUUAUAAAGUUUAAAGUCAAUCCUUUCAUCUGGACAAAAUUCUUCAUGUUAAAUUACGUAAUAGUCCUUGGAGUAGUUGACAUGAACAGUUUUUUUUUUUGUUAGAAUGAUUCCAUAUAUAUGUGCAAGCAAGCACAUGCCUUGUGAAAAAGGGAAAUCUAUUCUAGUCAUUCUCUUUAACAAGGCAACCUUAAAGUUGAUUUUUUAAACCUGAUGUUUAAAACUACAUUGAGUGUGAGAUAGAAGUUUAUGCAGAGAAGGAAAAAGAUAGAAGUUUUUGAGGAUGUUGCUGAUGAAAAAGAUAGAAGUUCUUUAGGAUGCUGCUAAUGAAGUUUAUGCAGAGAAGGAAAAAGA